AUGGAGGAGUUGACCAUGGAGAUGGUUCUCUUUGAAGGAGUAGUCGAGGCCGAGUCUUUCGCUACGGCGGAAGAUGAACCGAUGGCGGAUGAAGAAGCCACGGCGGAGAAACCCGAGGAGCCGGAGAUUCCUCGAGAUGCACAGACGACGGAGCCGAUCCCAAACUCCGCCGAAACCCUAGCUCCACCACCAACUGACGGAGCGACUGAAGCAGCGGUCACUACACCUCCGGUGGUGACCGUCCGAGACGAGCUCAACGCCGCCGCAACAGAGUCGGAGCCCGACGCUUCGGUUCCUCCGAGAGAUCCAACUCCGGUCGCUUCUCAACCUCACGAUGAGCGAAAGUAUUCGUCAACCGGACUUCCGCCGUCGAAGAAGAUGAAGGAGAAGUCCCGAUCGCUCCAUCUCCAAAGCCAAGCUCAAAACUCGAUCUACUCCGGUGAAGAAAGCUCCGGCUCGAGCUAG